CCUCGCAGCUAGCCGACCGAGACCACGCCAGCAGUGACGAAGCGGCGCUCCCACGGCUGCUUGUGACCGGUGACAUCACAAACCCGUCAAACAGGAACAGAGUGAGGAAGGAGAAGAGUAGUCGUCCGAUCCGGUAGGAGAUCUAAGAAGCAAAGAUGGAUUUUUUAUUUGGCCGCCGGAAGACCCCAGAGGAGCUGCUGAGGCAGAACCAGCGGGCGCUCACCCGGGCCAUGAGGGAGCUCGACCGAGAGAAGCAGAAACUGGAGCAACAAGAGAAGAAAAUCAUAGCCGACAUCAAGAAGAUGGCCAAACAGGGGCAAAUGGAUGCUGUCAAAAUUAUGGCUAAGGAUUUGGUCCGAACGCGGCGAUACGUGAAGAAGUUCAUAGUGAUGCGGGCAAACAUCCAGGCCGUGUCUCUCAAGAUCCAGACCCUAAAGUCUAACAACUCCAUGGCCCAGGCUAUGAAAGGGGUUACUAAAGCCAUGGCCACCAUGAACAGACAGUUGAAGCUUCCUCAGAUCCAGAAGAUAAUGAUGGAAUUUGAAAAGCAAUCAGAAAUUAUGGACAUGAAGGAGGAAAUGAUGAAUGAUGCCAUUGACGACGCCAUGGGUGAUGAAGACGAUGAAGAGGAGACUGAUGCUGUGGUCUCUCAAGUCCUGGAUGAAUUGGGCCUCACACUGACUGAUGAGCUGUCCAACCUUCCCAGUACAGGAGGGUCCCUCAGUGUGGCCGGGGCCAAGAAAGGAGAACCCACAGCUGCUUUAGCCGAUGCUGAUGCAGAUCUGGAGGAGCGGCUGAACAAUCUGCGACGGGACUAAAAAGUCACACCCUGCACUACACAGACUCUGGGUUUUAUCUCUGUUUUUUUCUGAGUUAUAUAUGGGGAUGUAGAGAAAUGGUUCAGAGCCUCGUAUACUGAGAGCAUUAGAAUGGCUGGAUUGCAGUCAGCGUGUUCAUCUUCUGUCCCCGGCCAUUAGCUGCCCCUUGCUCCCUUCCGUGCAGUAGUAACCGGACGAAGAAGACUGUUCUGAUUUUAUAUGAUUACCUUUUUGUUGCUGAGUUCUUAUUCUUGUGUUUCUAUCUUCACUCCGCUUUCAUACAAGGCAACAGGCGUCAUCUGUAAAUAAAACCUGUCUGGAGAACCAAA